AUGGCCUGCAUUACCACCGUAGGUGGUUUCAAGGUAGUUUACUACCUGAAUCAGCUCCCCGGUGAGCUGAUCCCAGAGUCGUUUCGCCAGAAGGCGGACGACAACAAAAUCAUCAGUGGAAAGCAUUGGCCGUCGACCACCACUGAUGACAUUCGAAAUGUUGAGGUGGACCCGUCCUCAAUCCCCACGGGUCCAUUCCACAAGGCCUUCGUGGCUCUUCCCCAUCUUCCCCCUUUCGAGAAGGGGAUUUGGGAGGCGGGUAUGGAGCAAAGUUCCACCCCACUCAGUGUCGGGGCGAUCAACGCCCAGGACACGGUAAUGUUCGAGAUUCUCGAACAGAUCAGCGACAGUGUGUCGCUGAAGAAGGCUGUGGGGGCGCACAGCGAGGUGGCCCUGAGACCCGAGCGCCGCCGGUUCAUCCCCUGGUAUGAGGGCAACAACGGCCGGCAGGAGACGGACGCCCGUUCGACGAAUGGCUCCAUGGCCAUGAAAUUCGACCAUGAUGAACGGACUUACCGUCCGGCAUUCACAUGGUCCUCGACCGAGCGCCAGGAGCCGUUCGAGACCGUACUCUGGAGCAAGGCCAAGCUCCUCCUGGGCCAGCUGUUCUCGAACCAGCAUUUUCUGUACACCCGAAAGGCGUUCCUGAGAGACCAGGAAGGAUUCCACGUCGUCAUGCACGGGACCAAAGCCAGCCUUGCAAAGGCCUGGUUUCCCGGCAAGAUGAUCAAAAGAACUUGGCUCAAUAGCCUGACGCACCGACAGCGGUAUUUCGGGACCGCUGAAGAACGGAUGUUCGAGGUCAAGGUCUCCCGUGAGUAUGAUCUGAGGGUCAAAAGUGAUUUUUCUGAAUUCGCUUCUCUCCUUCUUGCUCUUCUGGAGUACCUUAUAUCGGGAGACUCGUACUGCGGAAUCUUGCGCGACGAGUAUCAGAAAAAAGAGGAAGAUGCCGAUCCGGCUACGCCUGCGGAUAAGGGAGGAGAUGCCCAGGAAACAUCACCCCCUCAAGCCCAUCAAAUGGAGCCCUUGCAACCCGGCGAAGUCGGUCACGAACCGGCAGAUCCACAGCCCUAUGGUCAUCCCGGUUUGGCUCCGCUUGCUCAGCCAAGAUCUUGUGGGCGGAAUAUUUCUGUACGGCGUCGUCGCUUGUCAGGCCAACAGAGACCUUUGACCAUGAGUCCAUCGCAUUCUCGUAUGAGCAGCUAUUCAAUGGCACCAACUGGCCAGCAGGGUUACCAACCGUAUGUCGGACAUCCCGUCGGGGUACAGCCUCACUCUUCGCAGCAGACAGCUGUCGCCAUGAGCCCGUCACACUCUCGCGUCAGCAGCUAUUCACACCCGCCUCUUCCCCCGCAUGGCUACAACCUGCCUUUUGAUGCUCGUCUCUUCAGGCCCGCCUCGGCUCAGCGAAACUACAACAGACCGAAUGUUUGGGCACAGCCACGCUCUGGACGACAGAGAGUGCUGCUCAGUCCCUUCCACUCCCGUCAAAACAGCGCUGCAAACCCGCCAGCUACCCAGCCGGUCUACAACCAGCCUUAUGGUGGACCCCGUGGAAAUUUCGCGGCUGCCCAGCCAAUUCACCCAUGGGAUCGCUGGGGACAGCCAGGAUACUUGCCCCAGCCAGGAGCUCUGCCUUUGGAUCCACUGCAAUUCGGUGGAAAUGUUUAUGCAGUUCCCGUCGUUUUCCAGUCAACCUGGUACAACAACUGGGCCGAUUGUCUCAGUGAAAGGUUUGUUGACCCAGGCCAUAGAUGGGGCACCUCGGCAUAUACUCACUUCCAGCCCCAGCCCUUUGACUAUCACCAGGGUUUACCAGCAAACGCCUCACUCGGCCGUUUCCCCUCCGCCAUGCCCGGUCCUCAGUACGUCGCCCAGUACCCGAACCGCCAAUCUGUACCUACACGCGGUCCUUCCAGCCGCUUUUACUCCUCUUUGCCCUUCCGUGAUCACUUGAACCGUCAAAUCCAACCCACCGGCCCUGCGAUCAGCCAAUCACCCUCUAACAUGCCCUCCCCGCAGUACGCCAACAGCGAACCGUCAAGUGUUGGACAGCUAGAGGUAAGUCCCGGCCACAUUCAGCCAGAAACUCCUAUUCUUUACGAAUCCCAGAGCCAGUGUGAAGGAUCCCUGGCGGCUUCCUCGACGACGGAGAUCGUGUACGGAACACCUCAGCAGCUCAAAGUGACCCGUAUAAACCCUCCUCGAUCCACGACUCAGUCUGCCAGUUCGAAGCAAUCAGUGGUAAGUGCCUAUCGCACUCAGUCAGAAAAGAUUGCUCUCUCUAGCCCCCCUCAAUAUGUUUGA